AUGAACGAUAGUGGAUCACCUCUCAACCUCGAGCUCUUCAACUCGAAGGCCAUGGAUGACUGCCUUCAGAAGUUGACGAAAGUGUCAAAUCCAAAAUAUGCUCAUCCAAUUGUUUUGCCCUGUGCCAACGUCGAGCCGAAGCUCUAUCAUGCUUGCAGGAAUCCAGGGACGAUGGCGUGCAGCGCGUGCAAACUCGUGUCAUAUUGUUCGAAAGAUUGCCAGACGACCCACUGGCACCGGCAUAAGAAAGACUGCAAGCACGCACUGCGUUCCACGAAUUGGCGGCCUAGCUGGACUGUUGAAAAGCGCUUACCUUCAUUUAUCGUGGGAGGGCCUGUGGAAGGAGGCCAUGAGUGGUCCGCUUUAUCACAGGGCAUUUCGUUAUGGGGCAACACUCCCGCCAUUGACAUAGUCAACCUCCCCGACAACGAGAACAAUGCGACGAAGGAUUUUUUCCUGGCAUUCAUUGCGUCUAGAGAUCUUCGGCACGUCGUGCGCACUCUAAAUUGUCUUCCGUCCAACUACUCUGGGAACCUCGAAAUCCUAUUGAACGACCACAACGUGCCAAUCGUUUGUCGCAAUAUCGUCAUACUCCUUAUCUUAGGAACCACUGCGGACAAAGCUAUGGCGGCCGAUAUCGCCCUACACUUCUGGUACUCGAUGUUAAUGCCUGCUGAGUAUCGUAUCUCAAUCUCCGCAAUCAUUACCUCAUGGAUGAAACGAGCCUACGAUCAAGGGUUUGGAUCCCUAGUCAUUCCUCUUGGCCAAAAUUCAUCGCUAAGAUGUACCAUAACUAAACCGAUGUGUAUUUAUCUCGGGCAUUACAACUCCACCUCUUUCUCGGUGCAAGAUAUCCAAAACCAAUACGACAAAGUGAGAAAUGCACCAAGCCGUGGAGAUUACCGUGAUAGAAUGUACGCAGCACUGCGACCAUCACAUCGCGUCGCAUUCCGACAAUUCCGCCGAUUUGGCCUUGUUCUUCCCUGCGGGGCCCCAACCGCCCAUUUCAACGCCCCAAACCUCUCUCUUUUUUCGCUCGAAGGGGGGUGGUUUGAAUCCGAUUACGCUGACCCAUUGGAAGGUUGGGACAUAGGGGAUGUGGUGAACGUCGGGAAAGCACACGGAGCCAACGCCGAAGACAUUUACGGCUGCCUCUACUUUUUCCUCUCUGAACAGCUGCGUGGGGUGGCUGAUAGAUUACAAACUACGUCAACAUCCUUCUUCGUCCAGAUGCUCGAUGCAUGCGACCUUGCGUGCAAAAUUCGAGACGGCUCGUUGACUGCGGACGGCAUCCCUUCGAGCAUCCGUUUCGACCGCAUCGAUGUUUCAAAUAUCAUCGACGUCAAUUAUGUAGGUCUGAAUAACGUUUUAAUGUCCUGGUCCCCUUUGCUCUGUGAUAAUCGCACUGCUGCUAUCGUCGGGUAUUUCAUGAAUUGGUUCAUGGUCCAAGCCAACGGCCGCGUUUCCGGGGCAGGUGAAUCGGUUAACACUAAGCUUAUGGAUAGUCUGUGGAAUAAAGUAAAGCAGGGCGCGGAGUGGAAUCACAUGGAUUUCAAUGAUAUGAAGACCAAGCUGUACAUCCUCGCUGAUGUCGUUGACACUCUCUAUGAUAAUUCCAAGCCGUUUUCCGAAUUCUUGAAGAAGCAAGGGAUUGAUAAUAUUCUCAACAAGACAGGCUUGACUUUGAGGCGAAAACACACCAUCGUAUCACCUGUGCGCACUCCCCCCCCUGCCCGAAUAUUCCCAGAUAUCUCACCUCCGAAUAUACAGAGACUGCGGGUUCCCCUCAAAGCAAAACCCAAUGCUUUGCCUCAAUUUUCUGACGAUGACAGCUGUUAUUACCAUACGCUUUUGACUUCUUAUACUUGGGCAGAACGUUUCGUUGAGUUUUCGCGUAGAUGA